AUGGCCGACCAACUCCAGUCGCGCUUCUCUCCCAACAAGGCUUUGGAGCCCGAUAUCCUGGCCGAGCUCCAGUCCAUGAUGCGCCUCCACGACCUGUCAGUCGAAGACCUGUAUCUGAAAUGGGACUCGUACUGUCUCAGGAUGGAGACGGACGCCGACGUCGUGACUCUCCAGGGAAUCCGGGGUCUCAAGCAGACCAUCCAGGACACGCUCGAGAGGGAGAACAGCACCGGCACCUCCAGCAACGUCGGCCGAAAGAAGCCGGGCCACGGCGGCUCGAGACAGCAACCACACGCCGCGCCUCGCGCCGGCGCAGCAGGCGGCUCCGACGUAUUCGGCAUGCUGGAUGGGAUGGUCCCCAGCACGCCGUCCGGCGGGAGGCUGGGGAAGAGUGGUGGCGGCGCCGGCAGUCUGAGGAAGAAGGCUGUUGACGGGACGCCCAGAGCUGCUGGGCCGGCGAGUUCACCGGCUGCUGGGCGGAAUAUGGGCGAACAGCUGGAGAGCAUGGCGAGUCCCGCAACGUCAUUCGCCGACCGCAACAAGCCAGGUGAGGUCGUGGAGAUUCUCAACAGCCACCUCGCCGCAUCGGAAGCCCCCCUGGCCCCCUACUCGGAGCCGCGUAUCAAGCUCAAGGUCGCCUCGGACCAGACAAAGAUGGCGUACAAGCCCCUAGCCAUGAAGCUCUCGGAGGCGAGCGAGAUACUGGACGACCGGAUCGACGAGUUCGCCGCCGUGGUCCAGGAGCACCACCAGCUCGAGGACUCCGCCUUCGGCAGCGCCGCCAGCCAGAGCACCACGCCCAUCGUGGCGGUCGGCCGCAUCGCGUCGGACUCGAUGGAGGGGAGGCUCAAUGCCGCGUCGCUGGUGCUGGAGACGUCGCGCCGCACGGGCAUGGGGCUCCGCGUGCCGCUGGACCUGGCCAAGGUGAGAGGCGGCUGGAGCUUCUUUCCCGGCCAGAUCGUCGCGCUCAAGGGGAGCAACGCGUCGGGCAAGUCGUUCGUUGUCGACGAGAUCCUCGAGAUGCCGCUGCUGCCCAGCGCCGCGUCGUCCGUCUCGGCCAUCGAUGCGCACAGGCAGAAGCUCAUGGCCGACCCGGACGCCAUGGUCGACGAUGACGAGGACGGCGCAGUCCCGGCCCCGCUGAACAUCAUAUUCGCCGCGGGGCCCUACACGGCGGACGACAACCUCGACUUCGAGCCCCUCCACUCGCUGUGCGGCCAGGCGGCUGACACGUACGCCGACGCCGUGGUGCUCAUGGGUCCCCUGAUGGACAUUGACCACCCGCUCCUCGCGUCGGGCGACUUCGACCUCCCCGACGAGGCCGGCGCCGACGCCGACACGGCCACCAUGUCGACGGCCUUCCGGUACAUGUUCGCGCCGGCCCUGCAGCGCCUAGCCGCCUCCAACCCGUCCGUCACCAUCAUCCUGGUCCCCUCGGUCCGCGACGUCCUGGACAAGCACGUCUCGUGGCCGCAGGACACGAUCCCGCGCCACAAGGAGCUCGGACUCCCCAAGGCCGCGCGCAUCGUCUCGAAUCCCAUGGCCCUCCAGAUGAACGAGUCCGUCGUCGCCCUCUCCAGCCUGGACAUACUCUACGAGAUCAAGGGCGAGGAGCUCGUCAAGGGGGGGGGGGCCGCCGGCUCCUCCGGCUCUGCGCCCCCGGACCCCAUGGCCAGGCUGUGCCGUCACCUCAUAGAGCAGAGGCACUACUUCCCCCUCUUCCCGCCCAUGGACAGGUCCAGGCUGCCCAAGGUCGGUGCCGCCGACGGCCGCGCCACCGGAGCCGUGCUGGACGUCAGUUAUCUCAAGCUCGGUGAGAUGGUCAAUGUGCGUCCCGAUGUCAUGAUAACGCCCAGUACGCUACCUCCAUUUACCAAGGUCGUCGAGAGUGUCGUGGCCAUCAACCCUGGUCCUCUGUCCAAACGGAGAGGCGCGGGAACGUACGCACGCAUGUCACUCCACGCGCCGUCGACGGAUAACCAGGAGGUUUUGGAGGGAAUGGUGGGCCACAGAGUAUUUGAGAGGGCACGAGUGGAAAUUGUAAGGAUAUAA